AUGCUCAAGCAGAGCGCUUUCCAGACCGAGUACAGAGCGGGAGGUGCUGAUGAUGACGACGACGAUGACAACAAUUCAAGUGUCGAUGUGUGCCUCCGUCUGUUGUGUGAAGAUGAUCCUGGAGAUUCGACGGAGAUCUCAACAGAACUGACGCAGCAUGUAAGCCACAAGGCUCCUCCGCAGGAGUUCGUCAUUGGCUCGUCAUCACCAAACCAUUCCCAAUCAUCCGCAGACAACGUUCCAAGAGGUCGCUCAUCUCCAAAUGUUUCAGAUAGGGUUAUAAAGAGGUCUGCAUCUCCAAUUACAUUUCACGACUGGCCACCUGCCCCCGAACUGCUGGGGCAAAUCUCCAAGGAUGAAGCAGACGAGACAGAUACCGGCCCGCGACGGAAGAGAGCCUGUAUGAAACCCGAGGUCGUACCAUCUCCUACGCGCUCCAGUUAUUCAACACGACGGAGACAAGCGGACAUAUGUGAUCCCCAGGAGGCCACUGCAAUGAGCGGAUUCUUACUGCAGGAAGAUACGGUUCAUCGGCGACUGCGUGGAUGCCACGCCUUCGCACCCACACUGGAUGCCGGCACGUCGUUAACGACCGUCAAUCGCGCGUGCAUCCCGCGCAUCCACUCAGGUUCCCCGCAAAGGCUGCGCGCAAAGAAGGUGCAUCCUAGGGGUUCCCAUGAUGUUCCCGAAGAUGUGCUCUUUUUCGACCCACAAGUAUAUACACAUGCACCACAGAGGCCGGGUGAACCCGGCCUAUUCUACACGGUCAUAGCAGCCAACAAAAGGCGGACCAAUGCGAAUACGAACGAACGAUCUCGAUCCGCCAGGAUAUUCGUCCGAUUGGCAGCGCAGGCAUGGUUGUACGCGGGCGACUACACCAUGACGCAAACAGAGCUGCUAUCUCGUCACGAGUGGCAGCGUGCAGGUGCUGAGAUGCAGCAGAGGCUCGCAGAGACAAUUCUCCGCCGGCCAUGCUACCGCUACCUCCGGGCGUGGCUGAGCCUCUACCUCCGCAUGGGCCGCGAAGCCAGCGAUAGGGAGACCGAGGACGAGAUGCUCAAGGCAGCAAGGCGCAGAUCAGAUAUCCUGACUGCGGAAGAUAUCCUGGCCGCCCUUGACUCGCGCCAGCUGCUCGUCGUUAUCUGGAAAAUGCAGUGCGUUGGCUAUGACAAGGACUUCCAGCGCAGGACGAUGUCCAUGGCCGCCGAAUCGCAUGCAUUGUCCACCCGCGUCUCGUUUGACAAUACAGAGCCUUCGACGCAGGGCAUCACUACUACCGUGGGCUCCGACGUCGAAGACGCCGAAAGUAUGACAGCAUUCGCAUCCGAGGAGAGUGACGCGGAAGACGACGCUCGCAUUCGAGCACAUCUCGGUCUACUUUGAAUCUCGCGCUUCGCUAUUUACUCUGCAAUGUGAGUGCCUACCGGAGACUUCGCCUCUCCUGAUUGAACUUGUCGGAGUCGGCCACACCGUGCAUGUCUUCGUAGACCUCGAGGAUAUACGAGACUUCUUGGGUUUGCUCAUAUGAUAGUGAUAUUAACCAUGUUGUGAUGCGCUAGAGAUACAGCUACAAUGACACCAUACAGUUACAAGCUGAUUCGUGAUAGAUGCAGAAGACGAAGUCCAGACGAAAUGAAGGACGUUCACAGCACGCUGCGCUGCCAUUGAGC